AUGUGGCGUUCCAUAAUAUAAGUCAAAGUUUAAGCAUGAAUGUUGCGUGUGAUAAAUUUAUCAACAAAUAUAUGUUUAAUUUUAUUCAAGAGAAAUUGUUUCAUUGAAUGUGCAAAAAAGUCACCAAAAGUGUAUAAUCAUGGUUAGUUAUAAAUUACGUCCGGGUAUUUUGAAAUAUUGGACUGUAAGUAGAAACGAUAACAGCUGGAUAGUGGGCGAUAACCUAUUCUACUUCCUGGUUAUGUGUUUGUAAUAGGCUCAUUAUUAUCAAAUAAAAACUGUCAAGUUUCGAAAAUUAAAUGGAUUUUCGAAUAUUUGUGCUUUUUAACACACCAUGUUUACUCAAUUUUAAUUGUCUACAAUUGUCGAGACGAAAUGGACAAGGAAUCUAUGCAACUGAUGUCUCUGCGAUUAUGCAGGGUGAUAGAAGACAUUGGAAUAUCUUGGUAUGUAAUUAUGACAAGAAGAAAAUUAUGGCUAAUGAAAGAAGAUAUGUUUUCAACACCUCAAGCGGCAAUCUAUCACUUCGGUAGUCAAAGCGAGGGGACAGCAACGAAAGGGAUGCAGGAUGAUGUUGAUUUGUGGAUAUGUAAAAAUAACAUCUAUGUUAUACCAACCUGGACUGAAUGGCAGCAAGGACGUCACAACUAUCUGCUUUUUAAACACGAGUUUUUUCCACCCCAACACUGUUGGCUACAACAACUUAGAUAUGACUCUCCGGAACCUGUUAUAAAAGAAAGUACUAGUCAUCUUUAUGUUUCGAUCGGGGAUAAAGGCAUGGUUGUGUUAAGCAAUUCCAAUAAAGAUUGUGAACAUCUUCAAGAGUUUUAUCGUUGUGAGCUCUUUCCUAACGGCCCUACAAAGUACACUGCCGAAGAUGUGGAUGCAGUUUUAGCUUACAAAUGUUCAGAGCAACCAACUGAAUGUCAGUUCCUGUUCAAAAGGUCUCGGCCUGGACAUUGGCCUACACCCGUGUUAUUGCAACAAGCUAGAACGUGUGGCGUCUUCUUGGUUCCAGAGGGACAUCCAGAAAGCUCCGAAACCAUGCUUGAAUGGCGAAUCUCAACAUCGUUGGUAGAAAGACUUCUGAUGUUUGACCUGAGUGUUUGCCAGACAAAAGUGUAUGUAUUGCUCAAACUAAUACGGAAAACGUAUUUACAGCCUCUGUUUGGAAACAGACUGAGCACAUUCCAUCUCAAGACGGCUCUUCUAUUCACUGUUGAAUCGUACCCUCCGGAUAUUUGGGAAGACCACCGCUUGGUUCAGUGUACUAUAUAUUGCCUUCAAACACUGCGACGAUGGCUAUCAAUGAAGUAUUGUCCUCAUUUCAUCAUAGGUGGUGUGGAUCUAUUUGCAGGGAAACUACGUAAACACGAGAUGCAGACAGUGUUGGACUUAAUGCGUCUUUUUGUGAACGACAACCUUCAGUGUGUCUUUAGCAUGACUACGGACAGGCUUGGCGAAAGAAUGUUGAGACUUUCACAGCUGAAAUCAAAGGUUCAACCGGCAAGCAAUUUGGUUUCAAACAAAGCUGGCAUGCAGAUAAUGUUCUCAGGCUUCCAGUAUGUAUUAGUGUGUUGUCACUUUAACGCAAAACUUGCAAGGCCUGGUGAACGAUCUGAAAAUAAUAAAUGCCACGCAUUACUUCAAGAGACAAUGGAGUUUUACCUUGAAAUGACCGAUAAAAGGAAUGAGCAAUUUGGAGAAGCUUUGAAGUUUUUUCAGACAACCGAUAAAGUCAGUGUAGUGUCAAGGUGGUUCGCUUCGAUGACGAAGGCAACAGAACAUGCACCUUUGUCGAGAAGUUCACUACCGAUACAUGAUAUGACAUCCACCCGAUUGAAACGAGCUGCAGAUUUAUACUGCAAAGUUUCUGACAUUCAAUAAAAUGAACUCGACGCACAGAAAGAGUGCAGCUCUACAAAAUCUGACGGGGUAUGUUAGUGAGACCAAGGACCUGUGUCACAUAGAGACCGCAGCCAACUGUUUGGGACAUUGCCAUGAGUUGGAGAACAGACUAGAUCUAGCUUGGCACUUCUAUUCCGAGUCCAUCAGAAAUUGGCCGAGGUAUAAUGCAGCAAACUUGCAUGUUAUGCGAUUGUUACAAAAUGAAAAAGCUAUGGAGGUCUGUUUCGGACGCGGAAAAACUGCUGAAGAACUGAUAACAAAAUAAUAGGUUUCUGUGAAAGUUAAAUGAAAUUACAUCGGAUAAAUUCAACAGAGAACAAUUCAACAAGCCUGCUACUAUUUCUAAUUAAUCUGGUAUCAGACUGUUAACCAUAGAGAUAUGUUCCCUUCGUAUCAGCUGGAGAUGGGUUGUGAGUAACUUCAUUAUUCAGAACAGUGAAUAAACUGUCGUGUAAGAAACGAGUUUCGUGUAUAUGGGAUACACGAAUUGUAUAUCGUAUACAUGCACUCCCAUAUGGAGCACUGUUCAACUUAACAAAUAGGAAUGAGCGGUAACAUUCAUUCGACUGAGUCCUGUGACAUCGUUUGCUCAGAGUUAAGUACAUAUAUAACUUUUCUUUCCUUUUAAUCAUGAGGAUUUGUUAACAUUAUUGUUGAUAUAUUUCUAAUACCAUGGCUACAAUAAUCAACAGAGUGCUGGUCAUCAAAUAUUGUAUUAUUUUUUUGAAGAGUUGUACAUCAUUACCAAGGUAUACCAGAUAGUUGUACAUCAUUACCAAGGUAUACCAGAUAUUGGUCGUUUUUCUAGAGCGUUACACAAAUCUAUAAAUUUCCGAGAAAGUCAAAUGACACCAUAGUUAGAAAUACAGAGGAAAAGGAGAAUAAUUCAACACACCUUUUUCUUAUUGCUAAUUAGUCAGUUAUCGGACUGUAAAUAAUAGUGAUGUGUUGACUUCGGAUGUCGGAGACUUCGUACCACUACAAUAUCGUACCACUUUAAAACGGGGCGUUAGUAAUAUAUUAAAAUAGACUGUCUAAGAAACGACGUAAGUGUCAAUGUACAUGCACUGAAUAUGAAAUACUCGUACACCCGUAUGGAACAUCAAUUCACAGACAACAUCGAGACUUAAAAACAUCGGAGAUGAGUGGUAUAAUGCCAGAAGACAUGUUCAAGUUGUCAACAAGUAACACACUCUACAUACUUCAGGUUUCAAGCAGUACUCAAAGCAACGCAUUAAGAAAAUGUUCUCUAAUCCUGAUCUGUUGUCCUCAAAAUCUGGCAUGGACAGAAUGCUUCAGAUUUGAUCAAACUAUUCAACGAAAUGGGUCUAUUUCUACAACGCAAACAUAUGUACUAUCGUUGUGUUUAAUGAACGAGCUCCACAAGUUAUAUGUAAUCGAAAAUUUACGUUAGGAGCUGUAAAUAUUGACACAUCAGAGAGUUAUACGAAUCUGGAAAUACUGUGUACAACGUUGGGGUGUGCAUCUGAAGACAAUUAAUUAAUAGCGGUAUCCAUUCCAGAUCAAUAUCACAAGUUACGCUAAGGACAAUAAAAGAAUCUGUGGUCUUGCCGUAGGCGCUGUAUGGAUGCGAAACUUGGACAUCAAUUUUGCAUUAAACACUUACAGAGAUUCCAUGGCAGAUAGAGAUUGCUUUUAAUGCCCUUAAUAUUACUCCGAUAGACUAUUGUUGAUUACCAGGAGCUGCAGUAUUUUGGACAAUUAUGUAGAUUGCCAUGUAAAUAUAACGCAGAGCAAUUGUGUAUAGACUUACAAAGUUUCAGUUCAACGACGGAUAAAAUAAGGGGAUUUAUUCCGGAUAGGGAAAUAUUCACUUGAACAUGUUCUUAUUGAAUAUACGGCGUAUCACUCGUACGCACAGAGUACAGAAGGUAAAAGAUUCAGCUCUCUAUAAGCUUAUCAAAUAAUGCUCACACUGAGUCAAUUUCUGACCACUGUGCGCAAGAGUGGUAUGGAGUUUUUCCUUGAAAAUUCCAACUUGGGACAGACAUGGUGAUGAGACAAGAGAUAUUCUGCGAUUUGGACAAAUUUAUUGACGGUUUAUAUGCAGGAAUACUCCGAUAUUGUUAAAUGUAUUUGCAGAACUAUUAAGACAUUUUGCGUCUGUACUCUCAAGACAAUACCGCUAAAUUUGCAAAAAUUGUUCACUUUAUGUUGAAAACCUUUAUGUGCAUUUCAUGUUCAUAUGUCCUGAGAAUGAGGCAAAUCAAGUGAAACUGUGGGAGUCUGUGCUGGAUUCAUGUGCCAUUGGUGCCUUUAAUGGACAAAUAAGGUUUCCAGUUGAGACACACAAAGUGUGUACGCACAUGUAAACUAGCGACUGAGACCGAUGGUAAAAAAGAGUCAAGGUGGCAUUUUCCCUGAAACAAUUAUUUAAUAGAAACAUUAAUAUAACGUUAUGGUUAAAUGAUAUAUUCGCUGACAUUGUAUGUUUAAUGUCUACGGAACAUUAACUAUU